CAGCUCGUAUAUAUAUACAGUUGAGCUUCUGUAAUUCGAAAUUUUGAAUUGGUCAUUGAAAUCAAAUUUCAUACAAAUUACCUUCAAUAACUCCAUGUCUCUCUAACUCGAAGUUUUUUUAUGGAUUGUGGUGAUUCGAGUUAGGGAAGUUCAACUGUCUCUCUGUUGACAUACAUAUUGUGAUCAUAGAAUGUUGGCUAAAAUCUAUUUCUAACGAUCACCAUUGAAGAUAGUCAAGUGUCCUCCCUCAGUUCGAGAGAUUAAAUGUUUGAAUAUUGGACUCUGUCCUAAAUUGCACCAAUGCCUCUAGUUUUAUGUUUAUAAUAAUAAUAGGUUAUAUUACACUAAUCAAUAAGUAUUGUAAGGAUAUAUUGGAUGGGGAAAAAGUUCAGGCCUCGUAUAUUAUCUUGUAAGCAGUUUUUUAUAGAGAGACAUCCUAUCACCUUUUUUUUAUAAGAGAUGAUCUAAAUUAGUCUAGUUUGUGUUUAGUAAUCGCCAAAUUAUCCUUCGAAGUAGUCAGUCUAUUUCGACGAAGCUAAAUAUUCCUUUAAAGGUAUUUCAUAAAGACCCCAAAUACUGUACAAAGUCGUGGAAGCCAUGAUACUCGACUAGAUAAAUUCAUGUAUAAGGAAAUCAACAGGAUUUAUAAACUCGAAAUUUGCCAAUAAAUUGAUUUAGAAACCUAGUUCCAGUGAACUUUAAAUCCAUAAGUUUUCAACCCAAUGUUGCAUACUAUUAAUCCAGCCUCUCCAUGGUGAUGAGGGAAGAUGUUCUGAAAGUUGAGUAAUCUGAAUCUUUUUUCCACAUACCCAUAUAUUUGAUAAUGCAUGACCUAGUUUCCUUAAAAAAUUCUCGUAAAGUAAAUAUUAGUUGUUCAGACUAAUGAUUAAUUUAAACUUCCUCCUCAUGAAAUUAAGAAACUCUCCGUCUCACCACACUCUUUUCAUAGGCAACAAUAAUGUUUCGUCGUCCACAAAUACCGUAAAGACGCGUCUGAUAAGCAUAGCUACGCCUCUGACCACAUGCAGCAAAUUGUCGCCUAUGAUAUCACAGGCACUUGUCUUGUGUCACGUGUCUAGACGAGUUUCCUCGCCGGCAGUAAAAGUGAUUUCCAGUGCGCAUGCGCGUCGACUUCCUUGUCCACUUGUUUGUAUCAGUGUUGUUAUCGGUGUUUUGUUAGCCAUCACAGACAAUGCGCUGAUUAUCCGCGUCGCCGUCGUCUUUCAAUUGUAAUUUAGGUCACGCGAUGACUUUGUAAUUAAGUCAUACAAUAGUUUGCCAAAAAAUUCAAAACAUGUCUGCGCUUAUCAGCUGCAUCUUUGCAAUUCUACUCAAAAUGUAAAUAUUUUUGUUUUGAAACGCGCUUUUGUUUUACUUUUCGAAAGUUUAUGUUUUGUUUUUUCUUUCUUCAGCGCAAAACUCUUUGUUUCUUCAAUUGCCUUUGUAAUACUAUAACUUAAGAUAAUGUAUCCAUUUUUAAUUUUCUGCCGUGUCAUUUAAAGGCGAUUCGUUUCAAUUAAGUCACAGAUCAAGCAUCUUGUGGCGAUAAGCAAAUAGUAUAUAAGAAAUAUUCAUAUUGUCCCAUCUAAACUUAGAACUCGAAAUAUAUUCCUUAUACUCCUCAAUAUACAUAUUGCUCCUUGCCGUUUUCCCUGCCUUCAUAGUUCUAGUAUGUGCUCAAUUGCCUACUUUUACUUAAUUUGUCUGCAAUUGAUUCAAAAUGUAUAUCAAGUCGCGACAAUUUGGCGAGUUUGUGCCACUUAAGAAUAUGUCCUUUUUUCUCCUAAUGUCCUUUCGAAGUUAAGUCUGCAAAUUAUCGUAAUUUAUUAUCAGUACAACGUCGCGAAGACAUCAACUGUCUUCAAGGAUAUGCAUAUGACUCAUCCUAUAUGUGCGUUUAUACCCUAAUUACUGUCGUAUUCGCCCAAACAUCACUCAGACAGCAAUUACUGUAGACAUUUUUAACAGUGUCUCCAAAUAAAUUGUGCAGUUUCGUCAAAAUUUAAAGAUCAGGCUGAAAUACUGGUUGUGGUUUAAUUAUAAUUGCCGUAGUAAUAUUAUUGACUGAUCAUCAGUCUGCCCAAAUAAGCUGUGACAAGAACUUGUUUAUUCCUGUAGUUCUGUCUGAGUCCUCUGGACUUCAUCAGGCAUUUCAAAUCGCUGGCUUAAUGGUUUUAAUAGCUGAAUGGCUAUCACUGAAGGUUUUUAUAUAAAACUUUUAUGAAGAUCUGUUUAAAAAGAUCCUAAAAGCAAGAGCACUAGUUCAUCAAAAUUGUAGAAAAAGCAAAAGAUUCACCACUACUCUGUACUACUUUUCCAGUAGGUCAAGCUUACGAUGCUAAACUGUCAAUAACGUCACAGCUGUCAUAAAGCCCAUCAGUCGAUUUUAUGCUAUAAUGGACGACGUUUAGGAGUAAAGAGAACUAACCUUAGCGAAAACGGUGACUUAUCUAAUAAAAUAUUAUCCAUAUACAGAAGAUACGCCUGUUUUGUAUCUGUCAGCUCGAAGAUCUCCUGAUAGUCCUGGCAAUUUUACAGAGCUUAAUGUUUUGGGAUUGCAUAACAAGCAUUUUCGGUAUUCUGAUACAUAUUUACCUUAUGUGGUAUAUAUAUACGAGUUCGAAAAAGUCUCGCAUUUGAGACUUCAAUCUAACAUCCAAAAGCUGCAAUUUUUCACAAACCGAUGCCUUCGAUAUAUUUGCCGCAUUUUCUGGGCCGUUACCAUCUCUAACACGGACUUGUGGUCACGCACAAACCAAACGCCGCUAAGUGCCGAAAAUCUCAGAAGAAAAUGGUGCUCAUCUUCUGAGACACGAUCCAGAUAUAAUCACCCGGAACGCGAUCGACUGGAAUCCACAAGGUAGCCGAAGAAAAGGCUGACCCGCUCUAACUUGGAGAAGAUAUUUGGACAUCGAUAUCUAGGGUCCAAAAAAGUUGGAGUCAAAUCAAGAUGCUAGGAGAAGGUCUCCCAAAUUUUUGUAUGGAUUAUGGGGAUUCGAGUGAGAAGUUCAACUUUUAUAGUUAUUCUAGGGUUGGUUAUUAUGUAGUCUACUUAAUAUGUACUUCUUUCUCCAAAAUUGAUUGUAGUAAACCAAUUCUAUCACCUUUAAUACUUAGUUUGGGCUCUUCAUAUGCUCCUGUCAUUUAGACAGUUCAAUGGCUCAAUAAGUUCGAUGCGCAGAUGAGCUAGUAAUAAUAAUUAUAUGAAAAAAUAAGUGUUCCGUUUGGGUGACUAAACUAAUUGAAUUGUUAAGAGCUUGCAUAACUCAAAGUCAAAUCAACUAUCAAUAUUACGAAAAAAAGCUCAGCUUCCAAGCAGGCCUAGUGCUUAACACUCAAGCAAACUGAAUUAAAAUAGCUUACAUAAUGAAAAUGCCAAAAACACUGCCGCAGACCUGUGAACAACGCGUGGCCCACAUGCGCCGCAUUGCCACAUCAUCCGAAGCAACAACCCACACAUACACAGCGCUCACACUCCUUCGAAGUCACUUACCAAAAGAUUAGGCCUAAAAUAAAAAAGAACAUACCGAGUACUUGUUGUCGUGCCGAUGAGCUGCCGAUCAAUAAUAACAACAGCAACAACACACCAGUUAACAAGCAAUAACCAGAAGCUUGAGGUCGGCGCACAGCCAACACGCGUACGAAGGACCCCAGCGCACACCUCUUCACACAAGCACCAACUAAUAGUAAUACUAUGUAUGAGUAAACAGCGCCGCCCGCUAUGCGAACCAAGUAGUCAAAGGUCGUUAGUGUAAAUAAUAAUAUAAAAAAGUGAAAACAAAAAAACAAAUAAAAAGUGCGACAAAAAAUGUUGAACGUUCGUUGAUCACCGAUCAUCACACAUAAUUGUGGCAGUACUUUUUUAAAGAGUGCUGUGUUAAUUUACAACAACAGCGCUUGGUAUUAAAAUUAAAUUUUUAAGAAAAAAAAUGCUGAUGUUGCACUUAGUCCUUGUGGCACUCAUACAAAACAGAAAGCAGAAAACAAAAAACCUGAUAGACACACAUUUGAUUGCCUUAAAUGCCAACAAAACACCGUCGAAUUGCUUCCCACGAUCACAAAGGAUCAGCAGCCAGCAAACCAUAACACUAUACCAAAUUGAUUGGUGCGACAUGAGGCAUGCAACAGUAUUAAAUUACAUGCUGUAUACGCAAAUAUCCUUACGUACGGCCGAUUAAGGAGCAGAGCAGAGCACAACAACACUCAGUGUGUGUGUCAGCAUUAUUGGUAGCAACAAAUGUUCUUAAGAUUAUUUUCGUUUCAAUUUAUUUUUAUUUUAAUUUUUAAAUUUUUUUUUAAUUUUUUUCUUUUUCUUCAUUCCUGCCUCCACAACUCCUUUAUAUGCCACUUUUGCUGUGUAAGCCUUAUUUGUAUUAUUUUUUUUUGUGUUAAUGCUUCCCUUUAAUGCAGCAAUAAAUUGUAUUUGCCUUGCCAUUGAAGCGUUGAAAAUCGAAAAUAUUCUCCCACGAUCGUUUUUCUAUAUAGACUUUUUCCUAUACUCAUAUUUACUGUACUGUAGAGCGUCAGAGUCCCUGAGGAUCCUUAAGAAACAUGCACACGUGUUCGAUGAAAUUUCUGUGCGUGCUCAUACAAAGUUUAUGCGCGAUUUACUAUAUGGAAAAAAAUCACAAAAAAAAACCUGCUGUUGUUGUUGUUGUCGACAACAUUUUAUGGCAUUAACUAUAAGAUAGCAGGACACUUGGGCAGCAACAACAACAACUACGAUCAACAACGAAAACCAAAAGUGAUCAUUAAAUGGUCCAAGUGUUUGCCUCAAACAAAAAAAAAUAAAAACAACAACACCAAUGCGCCAAAUUGUAUUAUAGAAACUGAAAUUUAAGGAAAAAACACUAACAACAACAAAAACCAAAGUAGAAAUCCAAAAAAAAUGCUUGAUCCUUAAGGCAAGUAGAAAAAAGGAUCCUGUUGCAAAAACACGGCUUGCAUUCAAAAGUGUGGGAACAUGACCGUACACGAGUUUCACACGAUCCCAGUGCCAGGAUAAGCAGACUCCGUCAUGAAAUGAAAUGAAUUACUUUCAUGCCCAUUAUCCUUAUGGCUUAUAUAUAACUAUGCGCAUUGUCUGUCUACAGCAUCUCCAAUUCCCUACAAUUCCAUCGCAUCCACCUCCUCAACACAACCAGCAACAACCAUGCCACCGAACAGGUGCGAGUGAGCACGCCUGUUACUUGCGCUCUCGCUCUCACCACUACAGCCUGCAGGUUAAGUCGCACACACCAGCAGAGCACAAGAGCUCGUCGUCGUUCAUCUGUGACACGUCGAAAACGCACCUGCCAUUUUUUAUGUAUGGAUUUUUUCAGCUCCUUUUGUCUGCGCACACAGAUCCUGCUGACGUUCCCACACUCUGAAUGCGACUUGUUUAUGCGUACUAUUGGAAUUUUAUGUGCGACUCGCUUUAUGCUACUCUCUACCCUGACCUGCUAUGCCUUUUCACUCGUACUUGUUGUUGUACGCAUGCGCUGAGCGAUUUUGUAUAAAAGGCACGCCAGCGACAGGACUCAACAUCAUUCAAGCGAUAGCAAUCGUACAGUGAACAACACAAGCAAGCGAGUCUUUGAGAAUAUUUUCUUCUUCGUACAAAUAACCGCAAAAACAAAACAACAACACAACAUGUAUACCGCCGAGUAUGAGAACAGCGUCAACAUGACAGCCGAGAAGCAACAGAAGAAGGUCAGCUAUAGCAUUAAGCGUCUGCUGAAGCAACUCUUCAAAACACAACAACAAAAGCAACAGCAAAAACAACAACAACAAGAAUUGUUGGACAAUUUCGCAAACACCAAGAAAGUCAACUCAUUGGAAUCACUCGAAUCUCUGGAGAAUUCACGCAAUGCCGAUCUGGAGUCCGUAGCCGAAUGCAUCUCACUCGAAUCCUGUGAGAAUGAUGCCAAUGAACGUUUAGCCGCCUCUUGCGAUUUGGAAGAUUACGAAUUUGCCGAUAUCACCACAGUGCCCGUACAUUUCUUACGCACUGCUCAUGGCACUUUCUUCUGGACCGCCAACACUGAUCUGCCAGCCGAUAAUGACCUGAUCGAACCAUUGUACUGCAGCACCGGCAAUCAGAUCGCCACCACACAAAUGCAAGAUCGUUGGGCACAAGCUUAAGCCGCUUGCGGUUGACGAGUUGUGGAGCGAGCAAGUGUGAUACAGCGCCAUCGAGGUCUUCCAGGUCCACUAAACAUACAGUGGUGGACCAUGCUGAGAAACGCAAAGCUUUAAUUGUUUGUGAUAUUUUUUGGAAUGUACUUAGGUACAUACAUAUAUAUAAUGAAAAAAGAAUAAGAAAUUAUUGUUUACAAAUAUUUAUACAAAAGAAAAAACUACUUCAUAAUAUAAUAAUGACAACAAAAACUAAAUACUCUUGUGUUAUCUUUUACAUGUGCGCUAAGGUUUUCUGCUUGAUCUUUAUUUGGUUUUUAGAAU